UGCUGCCAAUCUUCUCUCUGCAAAUGGGUCCCACUCGUCAUCCUAUGACUGAAGCACGUGGCAGAGAGGAGGGGACAAUUUCUCGCCGACGGCAGGUACCUGAUAUAUCUAUCCCCCGACGCCACCGCCGCCUCCGCCGCCUUCCCUUCUCGCCCAGAUCCAAAUCCGAACCCCGAUCCGCGCGCGCAUGAAUUUCUUCAGCUCCGUCUUCUCCGCCCCUGCCGAGGAGGAUGGCGAGGAGCCGCGGCAGGAGGGCGAGCAAGAGCCGGCGGCCCAAGAGUCCGGCGGAGGGUGGAUUUUCGGCAGCCUGAUCGAUACGCUCAAGGAGGAGAUUGAGGAGCAACGGAAAGUGAAUGAGUCGGCCGCCGCCGCGGAGGCGGAGGAGGCCCAUAGUGGGGCCGAGGGAGAGGCUGGCCCCGGCGGCGGGUGGAUCUUCGGCGGGCUGAUCAAGACGCUCGCGGAGGAGAUUGAGGCCCAGCGAAAAGAGCAGGAGGCCAUUGCAGCCGCAGCCGCAGCCGCCGCUGCGGAGGAGGAGGAGGAGGAGGAGGAGGAGGAGGAGGAGGAGGAGGAGCUCGAGCGGGGAGCAGAGGCUGAUGCGGCGGCGGCGGAUGAGGAGGGAGAAUCUUCUGGCGGCGGGUGGAGCUUUGGCGGCCUGAUCAAGACGCUCGCGGAGGAGUUUGAGGCGCAGCGCAAUGAGCACGAAGCUGCCGCCGCGGCGGAGGAGGACGGAGAGCGGGGAACCGAUGCGGAACCGGCGGUGGCGGAUGGGGAGGAGGGGGAUCAGGCUGGGGAAGGCUCAGACGGCGGGUGGAGCUUGGGAGGCCUGGUGAAGACGUUUGCGUCGCGGUCGGAGUCGGUGCUGGGAGGCUACCGCCGCGACCUCGAGGACCUCGGCUCGGGGCUCCGCCUCGAGACGGCUGCGCUCCGGGCCGCCGCCGCGCGCGCCGCCUCAGCUCUACCUGGCGCGCUGGAGGCCGGUGCGUCCGCCGCCUCCGACAGGCUCGAGUCCGUCGGUCAGGCCGUCGACGAGCUCGGUGCCGCCGCCGCCGGCCUCCUGUCGCAUGCCAACGAGGCCCUCCGGUCCGCCGAAGCCGACGGUGACGAUGGUGACAGUGCCCCCCGCUCCUCCGAUGCCUCUGCUUCUGGUGCCUCCUGGCGCGCCUCCUUGCCGACCAAGAAGUAUACAAGGUUCGAGGCCCAGGUCUUGGCGCUGCGUGCUGACCCUGCCACGUUCACCGAGGAGCCUGAGGACUCUGAGGGCUUUGGUAGAUGGAGUGCCUCGUUCUCCAUCGACGAUAUGAAGGAACAGAUAGAGGCGGUGCUCCAUGAAAGCCCUGGAUUGGAGAGCUUUGUGGAGAGGCUUGUGCCGUCAGUUGUGGAUUACGAGACGUUCUGGUCCCGGUAUUUCUUUGCAGUUGAUAAGCUGAAGCAGGCAGAGGAUGUCCGCACUAAACUCGUGAGCAGGGCCAUGUCAAAGGAGGAGGAUGAAGAACUCAGCUGGGAUGUCGAUGAUGAUGAUGAUGAAGAUGCCGAUACCAGUGAUCACAAAGAAGGCACAAACUCAAUGGUAGAUAAGAAAGAGGAGCAAACAGUGGAGCCUGUUAACUGUGAAACAGAGGGCAGUCAAAAACAAGAAGCAGCAGUUGAAAAUGAUUCAGCAGAAGAUAAGGAGGUUGUUGUUUUGGCUGCAGCCAAGGAUGGUAAUGGUGAAUCCAGUGUUGAAGCAUUGACAUCAAAGACAAGCGAUGGGACAGGAAGAGAAGAGAAGACUGAAGCUGGUGACUCAUCUAAGGGGGUUGGUUUUUCAGUGGUUGCACAACCAUCAGUGCAGGAGGAAGAUCUUAGCUGGGAGGAGAUUGAGGACAUCGGCGAUGAAGAUGAGAAGAAUGGGCCUAGCCAACGGUCAAGCUCUGUCAGCAAAGUGGAGGAUCUCCGAAAACGUCUUAAUUCUGUAGAAGAUGAUGAUGAGGAUCUAAGUUGGGACGUCGAUGAGUAGAAAGAACGUGUGCAGCUCUGCACUGAGUUGUCUGAAGAACUUUUAAAUUAGAGACUGCCAUAGUUUUGCCUCCUUAAGCAUGAAUUGAAUCUGCGUGGUGUCGAUGAAUAUGCUUUGUGGAUGGAUUGAUGCGAUUGGAUAUCGGGAUUCAAAUUCAUGGGUGCUGCAUGUUUGAUUAUAGCCCCCUUGCAAGAACUUGAUAGAGUGCUAGUGUUUUUGUGUAGUGUUGGUAAUUUGUUUUCAGUUAGAAUACACAUCUGUUGCAAGUUCAACAUGUACCACUUUCCUGUUUGAAUAUGACACAGAUCAUUUACAUGUGUACUCAGAUUUACAUGGUAAACAUCAAAAUUGUGAAACUAUUCAUCCAAA